AUGGCAUGUGCCGUCAUGUUGGUUGCGGUGCCGACAGUCAAAGAUCCGAAAGCCGGUGUACGUCCGCAGGCAGGCAAGUUCGGCGGCCUUGCGCUGCUGCGGUCUGGAGAUGUAUUCUUGGAACGGCUGGGCAUCACUCGCACCUACAACGAGGCUAUGUCGCGCCUGCUUUGUCUUCUUAUGAUACAUCUGGUGCUGGCUGCAUUGCUUCUGGCCUACUGCCAACCGCGGUUCAGCCGAGCCAAGUGCCCGCCCUGGCAAACCAAG